AUGCAUGUCAAUAUAUCUACUUGGGGUGCAACUAUUCAAUCUAUUCGUGUUCCAGAUUCAAAAGGAAAAUUAGCGGAUGUAGUUCUUGGAUUUGAUGGAAUCGGCCCUUAUAUAACCGAUAAUAAUUACUUCGGAGGAAUCGUGGGGCGAGUCGCAAAUAAAAUCGGAAAUGCAGAAUUUACUCUCAACGGAACCACGUAUCAUCUUUUCCGCAACGAUGGAAAUGAUUCGUUUCACGGUGGAAAUAGAGGAUUCAACAAAGUUAUUUGGGAAGUAGCAGAAGAUAGACGUUAUAAUGUUUCAGUGCCAUUUAUCACAUUUCAUUACCGCAGCUCCGAUGGAGAACAAGGUUUUCCCGGAGCCGUAGACGUGUUCGUGACGUACGAAAUGUACGAGGAGAAUGAACUGAGCGUGCACAUGAUCGCUACACCCGUAGACAAGCCGACUCCCAUAAACCUAGCUCAACAUAUUUGUUGGAACCUUGGCGGCCACGACAGCGGCUCGGUUUUGCAUCAUAAGCUUCAAAUCUCGGCUUCUCGCAUGACUCAAGUCGAUGACAGAUCCCUCCCCACCGGCAAGAUUGUGCCUGUUCAUGGAACUCCCUUUGACUUCCGAUCGCCCACCGAGGUGGGCAGCAGGAUCUCAAAAUUACUAGCACAGCAGCCCGAUGUUGGAGGAUACGACGUCAACUAUGUGCUAGACAGAAAAUUCGAGGGCACGUACAAGAUGGCGGAAGUGGAGGACCGUCGAUCCGGUCGAGUUUUGGAGAUUUGCUCCGACGCACCAGCGAUGCGAUUGGAGACUGGGAACCUGCUCGACCAUGUGCGAGGCAAAGGCGGGCAUUACUACGAGAAGCAUAGUGGCCUGUGCUUGGCCACGCAGGGGUUUCCUGAUGCAGUCAAUCAUCCAAAUUUUCCAAGCCAAGUUUAUAGUCCGGGCCAAACUUAUCAUCAUGACCUUCUUUAUAGGUUUACAGCCAAAAUAUAA